AGUACUCAUACCUAAUAAGUGUUAUCCUAUAUUAUUUUAUUUACAAGUGACUUUUGAACUCGUAGAUUCUUUAGAUAAAUAAAAAUAUACAUACUCUCACUUAUUUUUACUAGUUUUAAGCUAUAAUUUAAUUCACUUCAAAGUGAAACUUUGUUGAGUAUCUGCUAAGAUAAAACAAUAAAUUUAGAAAUAGUACAGGUAUAAUUUAAUCUUUAAUGAUGUCUGCGAUAACCAAAACUAGUAAGAUAUUUCGUGUACUUAUGCAUCAAUAUUCACCACGUGUUACAUGUAAAAGAAAUUUAAAUCUUCAAGAAUAUCAUAGCAAAGACCUGUUAAAAAAGCACCAAGUUUCUAUACAAAAUUUUCGACUUUUGGAUUCAUCUUUGGACUCUAAUGUGCUCUCCGACUUUAAGGCUGAUGAAUAUGUAGUUAAGGCUCAAAUAUUGGCUGGUGGAAGAGGAAAAGGCCAUUUUAACAAUGGAUUUAAAGGUGGUGUCCAUUUAACAAAGAAUCCUAAUGAAAUUGUAAACUUAGCAAGAAAUAUGAUUGGACAUAAACUUAUCACAAAACAAACGCCUAAAGACGGCAUAUUGGUGGAUAAAGUAAUGAUAGCAGAAAGUGUUAACAUAAAGAGGGAAACAUACUUGAGUAUAGUGUUAGAAAGAGCAUAUAAUGGUGCAGCUUUAGUAGCAUCUCCAGCGGGAGGAAUGGAUAUUGAAGCGGUGGCUGAAAAAACUCCUCAUUUAAUAAAAACUGUUCCUAUUGACAUAUAUGAGGGCAUAACAGAUAAAACUGCUAGAGAAGUUGCAGAGUUUCUAGAAUUUAAAGGGCCUCUACUUAAUAAAUGUGCUGAUGAAAUUAAAAAGUUAUGGCAGCUAUUUUUAAAGGUAGAUGCUACACAACUAGAAAUUAAUCCUCUAGUUGAAACUGAUGAUGGUAAAGUUGUAGCUGUUGAUGCAAAGAUCAAUUUCGAUGACAAUGCUGAGUUUAGGCAGAAGGAAAUCUUUGCACUUGAUGACAAGUCUGAGACAGAUCCUAGAGAGAGAGAGGCAGAGGCUCAUAAUCUUACAUACAUUGAUAUGGAUGGUAGUAUUGGUUGCAUGGUCAAUGGAGCCGGCUUGGCUAUGGCCACAAUGGAUCUUAUAGUGUUGAGUGGUGGGAGACCAGCUAAUUUCCUGGAUCUUGGAGGUGGUGUGGGACAAGCACAAGUUUCGACUGCUUUGAAGAUACUGGAAUCAGAUCCUAAAGUAAAGGCAAUAUUUGUAAAUGUCUUUGCCGGUAUUGUAAAUUGUGCUAUGGUUGCAAAAGGUAUUGUCGCUGUAUGCAAAGAAAAUCUACCAAAGCAUCCAAUAGUGAUUCGUUUGGAAGGAACAAACGCAUCUAUAGCCAAAAAAAUCCUGGAAGAAUCUGGCCUGCCUUUGCACAUAGUAAAUGAUGCUGAUGAAGCAGCAAAAAAAGCUGUUGCAUUGGCAGAAUCAAAAUAAAUAUUGAUUAUCAAGUAACAGAUAAUGAAUUUAUAUUCAUUGAAUCAGGGAGAACAUGCACAAUGAAAUAAACUUACAUUUUGUAAUCAGGGAAGGAUGCACCAUUUGUAUGAUAAAUAUUGACAAUUUUAAUUCUUAUUAAAUAAAAAAAAUAGAUGAAAUAUAACAUGUAUAAGAUAUAAGUGUAUGACAAACAAUUUUUAUAGGAAGUAUAUAUCAAACUAUGUAAAUUAAUAAAUACUAACAUUUUAACCUUCUAUCAAAGACUGAAUCGUGACAUUAUCAUUGGACAAAUCCUUGCCUGCAACAUUGUUAAAAAUUGUUUUAUAGAAAUAUAAUUAUGAUUUUACUUAUAAAUUUUGUUAAAUAAAAAUGCUGUUGAGAAUAA